UCCCCGCCCUCUGCCUCCUUCCCCGCCCCUUCCCACCUCCGCUCUCCUCCUCCUCCCCCACUCCUUCCCACCUCCGCCCACUUGACGCGAUGACGCACCGCAGGUUUGCGGACGUGGCGGCGGCGCACGGCCCGGAAGGCGGAGACGUUGGCGGCGGUGGCGGCAGAAGACGGGGGCAACCCAAAACGGAGGGUUGGUCAUGAAUUUGCCCGGGACAGGAGCCGCGGCGGCGGACGUGGCAGCCGGCUCCUUGUUGUGUCCCCGUUGCUAACAGAACAGAUUUUGACAUGGCAGGGAGACAUCAGAAUCGUAGUUUUCCUCUUCCAGGAGUUCAUUCAAGUGGUCAAGUACAUGCAUUUGGAAAUUGUACAGACAGUGAUGUGUUGGAGGAGGAUGCUGAAGUUUAUGAGCUUCGAUCCAGAGGAAAAGAGAAAAUCCGAAGAAGUACAUCAAGAGAUAGACUUGAUGACAUUAUAGUUUUAACAAAAGAUAUACAGGAAGGCGAUACUUUAAAUGCAAUAGCCCUUCAGUACUGUUGUACGGUAGCGGAUAUCAAGAGGGUUAACAAUCUCAUCAGCGACCAAGACUUUUUUGCCCUUAGGUCUAUUAAAAUUCCAGUUAAAAAGUUUAGUUCAUUGACUGAAACACUUUAUCCUCCAAAAGGAAGACAGGCUUUACGUCCUUCAUCUGUUCAGUAUGUUCCAGAACAACAGGAAAUUUUGCUAGCUAAUGAUUCUCUUUCUUCCACUGAGUCAGCUGAUAACUUUUUAAAAGAAGUAGAUCGAGACAUAGAACAAAUAGUAAAAUGUACAGACACCAAAAGAGAGAACCUUAAUGAGGUAGUAUCUGCUUUAACAGCACAACAAAUACGCUUUGAACCUGAUAACAAAAACACUCAACGUAAGGAUCCUUAUUAUGGAGCGGACUGGGGAAUAGGGUGGUGGACAGCUGUAGUGAUAAUGUUGAUAGUAGGUAUAGUAACGCCUGUAUUUUAUUUGCUGUAUUAUGAAAUUUUAGCUAAAGUGGAUGUAAGUCACCAUUCAACAGUGGAUUCUUCACAUUUGCAUUCAGGAGUGACACCCCCAUCACAACAGAGAGAAGUAGAAAAUGGAAUUGGUCCAACUAAAGGAAUACCCUUUGGCCAACAUGAUCAUAAACUAUAUCGCCAAGAUUCUCAGUCACCUGCUGCUCAACACAAAACAUAGCAGUUGGCUCAUAAUUGCAGUGUUAAUGAUCAUGUAUAUCUGGCGUGUGGUGAAUCAGUUAUAUUCAAUAACCACUUUAAAGGCAGAAGUUAGGGAGAUUGAAGAUGCUUUUGUUUUUCACCCUUUUUUUGGAGCCAGUUACAAGUAGAUUGAGUAUAAAUUCCUACACUUGCUAGUUGUUGAUAUUGAAAGCUGUAAAUCUGUAUCUGUUGUAUCAAUGCUUAAAGCAAAAAUGAAUUUAAAUAUGGGUCUAGGAAGUUCUUAACUCAGAAAAUGCAUCAUUUUUCUUAUUCAAG